GCCACUUGCAGCGUUCCUACCGAAGCAGCAAUAACCUUUACAGGUCAAGCGAGUAAUGAUUGGGCUCCAAAGAGCAACUGAGGACUUCGAAAACAUUUUUCAGAGUCCACUUCAGAUCUGCAACUGUUGCGGGAGGGCGGGAAUGGUUGCCAACUCCAAGUGGUACACUGAGCUACCCAGCCCCUACAACUGUUCUGCACAUCAGGACCUUACAGAACACGACCCACAACUGCAGUUCCUGCAGGGAGCGCCACCACCACCACCACCUCCCCCUGCUCCAGUAAAACAACAGCUACCGAUGAUGGCGAAGAACUUUUGUGGACUCGCAGCCCUAGUGACUCCCUUAAGAACUUGGUACUUUGUCGUCAGCUAAAAAACUCUAGUCGUGUUGCAGCCCCCCUCACUUGAACCAACAGUCUUAUUCUGUGUGCUCAGUGCUUGUUUAACAGUAUGUCUCUCCUAUAAUGCUUUAUGUUGAUUGUACAACUGCUCCUAUCAUUGAAAAAGAUGUUAA